GGAUCGUGUGUGCGUUUCGUGGUUAGCAUUCAUUCAAGAAAACUGCGAAGCCAACUCGCGAAAACCGGUGAAAAUAUCAUUUUUAUCUUCAUUUACCCUCAAAAAAGGCUUAUUAAGACAUGCAUGUGAUCAGUCAGAUAUCAAACACAAUAUUGUAUUGAACUAACUUUUCAAGAGAUGCGUAUGAAUGAAUGUUUAAAUCUAGUUUUAUCCAUCGUAGUCCCAGCCUUUGGAAUCCGUGUACUGUUGAAGUUUCCUUUUCAGCUGUCAACAAACCGAACUUCUGAAAGGCUCGAUAUUCACUGAUCUGUGGAAUUUCAAAAAACAAGAUGUCAAGACAGAGCAGUAGGGCAACAGACCCUAGGAAAAUCAGCCAAGAGUUGUUCACCCUGACGUAUGGCGCUCUCGUAGCUCAACUUGUCAAAGACUACGAAGGAGAUGAGGAAGUAAACAAACAGCUGGAUAAAAUGGGUUAUAACAUUGGCAUUCGUCUCGUAGAGGACUUCCUAGCAAGGUCUGGCAUCGGCAGAUGUAACGAUUUCAGAGAAACAGCAGAUAUCAUUGCUAAGUCUGGUUUCCGGAUGUUUCUUGGAGUGACUCCGAGUGUCUCUAACUGGAGUCCAGCGGGAGAUGAGUUCUCCCUCCUGAUGGAUAAUAAUCCCCUGACAGACUUUGUUGAACUACCCGAGGAUCAUAGUAAUCUCAAUUACUCCAACGUCUUGUGCGGUGUUAUAAGGGGUGCAUUAGAAUCGGUUCAAAUGGAUGUGAGUGUGAGAUUCGUCCAGGAUACACUUAAAGGGGAUAAUCAGACAGAGAUACGUGUUAAGUUCAUCCAGAGGUUAGAAGAUGCAUUACCUGCAGGAGAGGAAUGAACACCAAACACAUCUCUUGUAUAUAUGGACUGUAUAAAUAUAUAUAGAUAUAACCAUGAAGAAAUGAUACCAUUCCCUAUCAUGUUAAAAAUAUAACGGAGUGUAAAGCCCAUGUUCGAACAUGAGGUGGUAAACCUAACAAAUACAAAAAUGCUCAAAAAUAAUCUGAUGUAUUAUGCUUCACAUUUCUAUUAACUUGUUAAAUGCAAAGCAUUAAAGGGAACCAAAAAGAGUUGUCCACAGAUAAUGUCAUCAAAUUGAAUAUCGCCCUCUAGUGACUAGUCAUUUCAAAAAGCUUUAACUUCCUUAUUCCUUGCUCGAUUCUGUUCAAAUUUUCACUGAUAUUUUUCAAAUAUCUUAAACUUUACAAUAAAAGUAACUUAGUAUGAAGGUUUUGGUUCCCUUUAAGUACGCAUACAAGCUGAGUGUGCAGAUACUUUUUAUUUUUACCCCACAGACAUACAUGUAUUUGCGUCUUUGACAUAAGUAAUUUAUGUUGCAGUGCCAGUAUUAAAGGGGUUUUCCCAUCUUUUGUGAGAACAUAGGCUGCGUACUCUACAAUUUUGUUAUCCUUCUUUUCAUAAUUGAAUAGCAUUAAAGAGAACUCAGUUGAAGUAUGGAUCCUGUUUUGGAAAGAUUUUCUCACAUUUCAUUGGACUGAACGGUUUGUGAUGAAGAUUAUAUGGUUAUGGGUAAGAAGAAAAAAUGACUUUGUAAAGACUAAAUUUAGAUGUAGUAAUAGGCAUAACAUUUGAGUUAGUGUGAAAGGGUAUCCCUAUGUAAUUCAGGCCCUAGCUUGUUGAUGCAGUAAUAAAUGAAGAUGUGCAAUACAUUGUCCACUCUCAAUAUUUGAACUUUCUCAAAUAACUAUACCGGUAAUCCCGUUUAUAUAUUUUUCUUCCCUUUAAUUUCACCUGCCUACAGUCACCCUUUUGUUCGUGGCUCUUGUUUUCGUUUGUAUUCCAUUCAAUACAAUUUUGCUGGUUUCAGUUUCACAAGUCAAAUUUGAGAAGAAGUGAAGAAAUUUUUCCACUCAUAACUUCUAUAUGAAAUUUGCAUUAAUUCCAUCAUGCAAGUAGAAAGCAGAUAAACUGUGUAGAGGCUAGGGGGUGAGGAUUUUGACUUCAUCAACAACAUCACUGGUCUGAUGAAAUCCGUUUCUUCACCCUCUCAACAGUAGGUUAAAUGCUUUUAAAAUUUAAAGAAAAGAAACUAUGUAUAGUCAAGAGUAAUCUCUAUAUUCCUUGUUAUAUGGCACCUACUGAUGCGAUAAUUCACCAUUUAUAUUACAAAUUCUAAAGCUCUAGUGUGUUCUCCACGCGUUCUCUGUGAAAAGGGGUUGUAUUGAGUUGUAUUCAGACUACAACACAAUGUCUGGAGAGCAUGUAAAAACCCACUCCACCUCGAGCUUGUGUUUUUUUUCUCCAACCUAUCAUGUUUUAAUUGUAAGUUUACAAAAGUAUAAAACAAGAAACAUUUGCAUGCAUUAAAUUUGCUUCUGUGUACAAUUUGAGAAAGUUUCCAGUCUUGAAAGUUUCUGUUUGAACAAUAAUUGUUAAUCAGUUUUGUUUGAAUUGUCUUUAGUUUGUAACUGUAUUUUCUCUUUUCUACUUCAUGUGAAUAUUACUUCUGAACUGGCAAAAUGCUAUGUAUAGCAUAACCAUAAAUAAAAAAUUAAAAAAACAUGGAAAAAAGA